AUGAACACUAAUCAAUUUAUUUAUUGCUCUUCUUUACAAAUUAAUGAAAAUCUUGUCAAAUGUUUAAAAGAAAGAAAAGACAAAAUUGAAAAUAUUUCAAAUGAAAAUAAUUCUAUUAAUUCAUUUUUGUAUAAUUCUGCUUGGAAAAUGAUUCAAAAUAAAGGUUUUAUAAUUGAUAUGCAAUUUGGAAUUUUUACUCAAAUUAAAUUAAAUUUGAAUAAAGCGGUGGAGGAAAUGAAAGAUUUGGAAAAUAUUAUCCAAUUUUUGAUUAAUAGAAGCAAUUCUGAAUCUGUUUUACUCAAUUUAUUAAAACGUAUAAUUCUCAAAAAAGAAAUUAAUUUUGGCAAAGUUACUCAAAUUAUAAGAAAAAUUCUUUAUAAUCCAGAAAUAAAUAAUGAAAGCAACAGUUCUCCACAGAAAGGAAAAUCUUCUUUAAUAUUCACUUAUACUCCAAAUUUGGUUAGUCACAAUAGUAUUUUACGUUGUAUUUUUGAGCCACUUUAUCAACAUCCAGAAGUAGAUAAAAAAUAUUUGGCUAAUUUAAUGAUUGAUUUCUUUUUAAUUUUGAAACAACGAAAAAUACAAAUUCAAAAUCAUUAUUUACCCGAAUUAUUGCUUAAAAUUGUGGCUGAUGCUAAAAUGUGGACUUGUUUACAACAAUUACUUCAAUAUAGAGUUAUUGAUGAUUCGAAAUUUUUGGCUUUUGAACUUAUUUCUUUAUCUGAUGAAUGCCCAUCACUUUAUCAAAUAGCUUUGGAUAUGUUCAAUCGUCGUGGUAAUACUGACCAAAUUUCUGAAGCACUUCUUUGUCGAGGCCAUGUUAUUGAUGCUCUUCGUUUUACAACAGCAAAUGGAGGAGGAGGAUUUAGAGAUGGUGGAACAUCAAUAUGUAAUGAAGGAAGUGGAAGCCAACGAUUAGAUAAAAUUUGUCUUAAAUUAUUAAAUUCUGCAUGGAUUUGUCCAAAUGAUCGUCCACUUCGUUAUACUAUUUAUUCUUAUUUACAAACUAAUGGAAAACUUAAAUCUUUGGCUGAAUCUGAUGAUGCAGAUUUUGAACGUUUCUCACGUGAUUUCCAUUCAUUAUAUAGUUCUGAAGAAUUGAAAGAAGCUGAAACAAGUUUCCGGCUUGCUCGACUUUCUUCAAUACGUGGGCGGAAUCGUCGAGAUUCACAACGAGAGGAAUCAUUUUGUUCAGCCAACAGUGGAGAUGCUGACAUUUUGGAAUAA